GUAAGCACUUGCAUAGUCUUGCUUAUGCUGCUUCAGGUUACCAAAGAGUUCUUGAAGAAAAUCGCAAGUUAUACAACCAAGUACAGGACCUAAGAGGAAAUAUUAGAGUUUACUGCCGAGUGAGGCCCUUCUUGGCUGAACAACCUAAUCGUUUGAGUACUGUUGAACACAUAGAUGAAGGAAAUAUUACAAUUAUCACUCCUGCAAAAUAUUGCAAAGAGGGACACAAAUCUUUCACUUUCAACAAAUUAUUUGGUCCUUCUGCAACCCAAGACGAGGUAUUUGCAGACACCCGGCCUCUGAUUCGGUCAGUUCUCGAUGGUUACAAUGUAUGUAUAUUUGCUUACGGCCAAACAGGAUCAGGGAAAACCUUUACUAUGACUGGACCAAGAGAGCUCACAGAGGAAAGCCAAGGUGUCAACUACAGGGCUUUGCAUGACCUAUUUCUUCUCUCAGAACAGAGGAAAGAUACUUUUUUCUAUGAAAUUUCUGUUCAGAUGCUUGAAAUCUACAAUGAGCAAGUCCGUGAUCUCCUUGCAAUCGAUGGUGCUAACAGAAGGUUAGAAAUCCGUAAUAGUUCUCAAAAUGGAAUCAAUGUACCUGAGGCGAAUAUUAUAUCUGUCUCAUCAACAUCUGAUGUCUUGUAUUUGAUGAAUCUUGGGCAAAAGAAUCGUGCAGUUGGUGCCACGGCCAUGAAUGAUCGGAGUAGCCGUUCCCAUAGUUGCUUGACCGUUCACGUUCAAGGAAAGGACCUAACAUCUGGAACCAUACUUCGUGGUUGCAUGCAUCUGGUUGACCUGGCUGGAAGUGAAAGGGUUGACAAAUCAGAGGCGACUGGAGACAGAUUAAAGGAGGCCCAACACAUCAAUAAAUCUCUCUCUGCCUUAGGGGAUGUGAUUGCUUCUCUUGCUCAAAAGAAUUCACAUGUUCCUUACAGAAAUAGUAAACUUACACAACUGCUCCAAGAUUCACUUGGAGGACAAGCAAAGACCCUCAUGUUUGUUCACAUUAGCCCAGAGGUUGAAGCUACUGGAGAAACAAUUAGCACACUGAAGUUUGCUGAACGGGUUUCAACCGUUGAGCUUGGUGCUGCUCGAGCUAACAAAGAUAACGCAGAUGCGAAAGAACUUAAAGACCAGAUUGCCAGUCUUAAGGCAGCUUUGGUGAGGAAGGAGGGAGAAAGAGAGCAUCUUCAUCAUUCUCGGUCUUCCAGCCCAGAGAGAUUUAAAAUGAAAUCCGCCGGGUCUUCCCCUUCACACCCUCGUUGGAGAAGUCUGAAAGAUUUAUCAGGAGGGCGGAGGCAACCAAUGGAUGAUGUUGGUAACAUCGAGGCUCAGAACUCUGCAUUAAAACUAAAAAGAAGUUUGGAUCCACAAGACAUGUUAAUGCAUUCAUCUUCGUGGCCAUCUGCUGAGAGCACUCCCGGCCCAAAUGGAAAGGAAGAUGACAAGGAAUCAGUUUCCAGUGAUUGG